ACUAUGAGAUUACACGCAGGCAAAAAUAGACGGGAUUUUUAAUUUUGAGUCUAAAAAUUCCUAAUUGACAUUUCUUUAACGAUUAACUAGCCAAAAUCCGAGGACUCCUUAAGUGUUGAAUUUAAUUAAAUUGUUUGUACCAGUGACACAUGGUUACAGGUAAGGGGAGCUUAAAGUCGCGUCAAUCAUCAGUGAGCGCUAUCGAUCAAACUUUGACGGGAUUCGGGAUCCUGUCACGGGGCAUUGUACAACACACACUGACAACAAAUAUAUAAAACAGCAACUCCCAUCGCGAUGAAGCACAGUCGAAUAUUGCAUCUUCACUAUACAACAUGGAUACUUCUAACUAUUGUGGAUUUUUAUUACGCCUAGUGGUCGUGAUUACCAUGUGGUGUGUCUUGGCCGUUCACAGUGCACCAGCCCCGAAAACAACACAAGAACCCCCGGAAAUGAAGAUUUGUCAGUCAUGUGAACUGUACUGCAUGUCCAAACACAAUGAUAUCACCGACGUCUGCAACGAGUGCCAAUGUGAACCUCCGAAAGAUGCGUUCAUUCCCAACAAACACUACUGUUAUUUCAAGAAAUGUGAACAAGAAUGUGACCAAGGUUACAUGCUAGACUCCAAUGGCUGCCCUUCUUGUGAUUGCGUUCAUUGAAUAUAAACAUGAUUUUAUUGUUAUUUCUCUUCAAACACUGUGAUCUCCAUAUUUGUUAUCUAUUGUUGUUAAUGUUAUUUUUGCUAUAUAUUUAUUAUUUUCUAAUAAAACCAUUUUUCUCUCGAAA